UUUUUCGCAGCACAAGGCUCAUUGGAUCUUCGUAGCUUUGUGGCGCUUUCUCUUGUUGUGUGACUCUCUCUCAGGUGUGGACGUGGAUUUUGUAAGCUCUCUCUAAGGGUUUGGCUGUUAAGCGGGCAGGAAUCUGGAAGAGAGUUUUGAGAGGAGAGGGUUUCGGAGGCGCCGCUGGAAAGACGGUUCUUUGAACGUUGUGAAAGCAGACGGGAGCGCAAGGUUUGCUGUAAAGCAAACGCGCUGGGCAUCAAUGUAGCCUGCAAAGAUGGCAGGGUUUAUCCUUCCAGAGGGGGGCCAGGAACCUCCCAGUCCAUCAGAUCUGCAGCAUGCAGGGAGCAAUGGCAAAGCAAAUGGGAACCAUGCUCUUGUCUCUGCGGUGGAUGCACAAGCAAACCAUCUGAAAGUGGGGGUCAAGGAGAGUCCGAAGAGGAAGAAGGCCAGUAAGAUGGCUAAACUGAAGCAGAGCAAACUGGAUGCACGAAGGGAGCAGUGGCUUUCACAAGUCUCAGGGAGAAAGAGUCCUCCUAGUCAAGUGUCCAGCAACGGCGAUGUCUCUCACCCUUGCGCGGGGGAAACGACCAUAGACGAGAGCUUUCCUGCGGAAAGCACUACGCCGAGCAAUACAAGUGGGAAUGGGACUGCCUCGAAAGCUGUUUCGUUUUGUACGGAGUCAAAGGGGCAUAGUAACGGUUCAGGGUCGGAUAGCAACGGGCACAGUAAAGACAGCAGCAACGGGUAUCAUCAUGGGGGGGAAAAGCCGGUUUUGCGGCGAUGGCAAACGCAGCCCGCCCUCCGGUCGUUGCACGAUGAGGAGGCUGCGCCGAAGGAUGCUGCGACUAGUCAAGCGCCGCAGCAGAAGGCUCAGAAGGCGAAAAUGAAGAAGGGUGUGCGGCCGCAAGAGGGGCCCGAGAGUAACGAGGGUGGGGGGGAUGCUGACGACUGGGAAGCGGCGGCGGAGGCGCUUGGGGUUGUGGUCCCUGAGUCGGGUUCGGAAACUGGGGUAGCGAGCGAGAACGGGUCGCACAGUCACCUUGCGGGGGACGAAAGCGGGGUUUCCACGGCGAGCGAGGGGGCGUCCCCGCGCACGCAAAACGGAUACCUGACCCGGAGGUUAGCGCCCGAGGUCCCAGACGCGUGCGCGCGGCAUCACCAUAGGGCGGGGGCCGGGGGCGCGUGGCGGCAAGAUGACUCGCACCGCCCCGGCACACUCCCGCGCCUCGAGAAGUUCAACAGCUUUCCAGUAGUGCCGCACAAUCACACGGGGUCCAUGUGGGAGGCAACAAUAAGCAGGACGAUGUGGGGGUCGUCCGCGGCGCCCGCGACGUGUCCGAUUUGUACAGAGGAGCUCGAUUUGACGGAUACUUCGUUUGUGCCGUGCCCGUGCGGGUUCCGGUUGUGCUUGUUCUGCCACCACAGGAUUGCUUUGGAUGACGGGAGGUGUCCAGGUUGUAGACAAGCGUAUGUGAAAGUUGAGAAGGUUGAGAAAUACAUUCAGGUGCCGCGAUCGCACCUGGUGCGCCUGAAAGUCUAGGUCAAGUUGCGGCUGAAGAGAUAGUGACCGAGUUGGAGUUUUGAUCGAUUCCUGUCAUGAGCAUUGAAGUUGAUAUUGACGGCAUACCAUGCGAUCUGUGCUGCAUCGUCGGAAUACUUUGCGUGCUUUGUCCGUAU